ACUGCUUAGUGGUGUGUUUUCUUUUUUCUGUCGCCCAUCCUAGCGCCACAGCUAAUUCUACAGUGCAGCCCCGGCAUACAACGUACAUAAGAAGAAGAAGAAGAAGAAGAAGCAGCUCAGCAGCUUGUAUAUCUGCUGUCCGACAACAGGAAAAAGCAUGUCUGCUCAGCCCGGUGAGGAGCUAGGCUCAGAAGGGAAGUGGUUCGGGGACGACUAUGAGAGGAACGGCCUCUUUGGGAACACGCCGACCCGGUUCGACGAGCUCCGGGAAGAUUUUAAGCCGAGAGGUGGCGACGCGGCGGACGACCUGGAUCAACAAUUACAUCCUCUCCAGGACGGCGGGGAAAGGCCUCCCGUUGCUAUGGAAACUGCAUCUACAGAUGAUCUCAUGUCUGGCCUGUUUAGGAAGCCAAUGAAUGACGACGGUGAUGUGUACACUUCCCUGAUGUCCAACCAGAGCUCCGCUUCGGGCCAGGAAUCCUCCUACCUGUCGGACGACCUGAAGCCCUCCAAUCACUCCUCAGCCCUGGAUCAAUUCUCAAGCGAGACUUACAGCUUCAGCUCCAGCACCAAGAUGACUUCCAACCUAGUUGAUGACAUGCCAAAGUCUCUGUUCGGCUCAGAGAAGACAGAAUCCUAUAACUACAUGGAUAUCAGCCAUGGGGAUGAACGCCAUGACCAGCAGCAAGGAGCUCUACACAGCUUGGAGGAUAAAGGCUCAAGUGGUCACGACUCACUGGGCAGCUAUAUAGAUAAAAGCCCUGGUAGAUAUGAGGACGAAGAAGAGGAGGAAGAAGAAGAAAAUCUGGGUCCAGCACUGGGUUCCCACUCUUUCCCGUAUGUUGAGGAGCCAUCUGAUGAGGAGCUGACAGACUACCGCUCCUACCGAAACCUGGGUGGCACCCCGCAGACGGCCAGCCCAGUGAAGAUCACCUUGACCGAGUCGCAGCCCCCGGCUGCCAAAGCCGAGCCACAGCAACAACCCACUCCCGUCAGUGUGUCUGAGCGUGAAAACAUCCUCAGUGUGGGCUUGCAGGGAGUUCCCACGGUGACACUAUCGGAGCCGGAGGACGACAGCCCCGCUUCCACUCCCAAUGCUUCACCAACACAAAAAGAAUUCCCCUCCGGUGACAUGUUCAAGACUGAAACAGUGAAGCCUGCAGCUUCCAAAAGCAGUCCAGGCACAAAGGCCAGCAGCAGGGAGCAUGACGGCAGCAGUGCAGAGUCUGGAGACUCAGAAAUCGAGUUGGUGUCUGAGGAGCCUCCCAAGGCCAGCAGCAACCCAUUUGCCCAGCCGCCUAAGAGCAAGGGCACUUCCAGCCAGCCUAACAACCCCUUUGACAAUCCCCCAGUUGCCAAGGGUGGUUUUGGGCUUGCUGGCAGCCAUGCUCCACCCACAGCCUACAGCAUACUGAGGGAAGAGAGAGAGGCUGAGCUUGACAGUGAUCUCUUCAUUGAGUCUGCAUCCGAAGAAAGCCCUAAAAGAGAGCAGGGCUCCGGUGGCCCCACGCAGGGAGUCAGCCCCCCCUCUCCCCUGGUUCCCAGCAACGUCUCGGCCCACAGCGCCACCGAGACGGUGCCGUCUGAGCCUCUGAUCGCAGAAAAGGUCAAGAACCCGGUGAAGACAGAGGAGGAUCGCACCAGCAAGCCCAAGCCCCCAACCGCUGCUGUGCCCCCAGAGGUGCGAUCAGAAAAGCCCCAACAAGAUGACACGCACAGCAUCGCCUUGGAGGGCAGGGAAGACCUAGAGAAACCCGCUGUGCCAAUCUUCAUGGCGGGCUUUAAUAAACAAAAAGCGAUCGACCUGCUCUACUGGAGGAAUGUCAAACAGUCGGGGGCCGUGUUCAGCAGCGUGCUUCUGCUCCUCUUCUCCCUGACCCAGUUCAGCGUGGUCAGCGUCGGAGCCUACUUAGCCCUGGCAGCCCUCUCCGCCACCAUCAGCUUCAGGAUCUACAAGUCCGUGCUGCAGGCUGUGCAGAAGACCGACGAGGGACAUCCUUUCAAAGCCUACCUGGAGGUGGAAAUCGCUCUAUCUCAGGACCAGAUUAGUAAAUAUGCUGACAAAAUCCUGCUCUACUCCAACACCUGUAUGAAGGAGCUCCGCAGGCUGUUCCUCGUACAAGAUCUGAUCGACUCUCUGAAGUUUGCUGUUCUGAUGUGGCUGCUGACCUAUGUGGGCGCUCUCUUCAACGGCCUGACACUGCUCAUCCUAGCUGUGGUCUCCAUGUUCACCAUGCCUGUGGUCUACGAGAAACAUCAGGCACAGAUUGAUCAGUACGUGGGACUAAUAAGGACCCACAUCAACUCUGUGGUGGGGAAGAUCCAGGCAAAGAUCCCUGGAGCCAAGAGGAAGGAGGAGUAGACCUGUCUCUGACCGAGAAGCUGACGGUUCAGUCCAGCUCAGAGUCAGGAUCACUGUUGAAGUACCUGCUCGUCAUCUGUGGGGCGUAGUGCUAUGUCAUCUUGGUGUUCUCUAAAAGCAUCCACUGGAGAAGCCUUCACCCUGUCUAUAGCAGUCUACAUCACUAACACACACACAGUCACACGUACGUACAUAAUCCUCUUUCUAGGUAGACAAGUACACAACUCAAAGACAAAAGAAGAAACUUUUUUUGUGUUGCUUAUUAUAAAGUGCAUGAAGUUGAGCCUUGGGUAAAUAAUAUUUGAUAUCUUUUGUGCAGUUUUUAAGUCACGCUACAUCUUUGCUUUGCAGUGCUUACAACAAACUGUACGGUUUGGCACAAAAAGGCUGAAUGCCCUCAGGCGUGCUCUGCUGCCGAUGUUAAAUACUGCUUCAUGUGUCUGAGUUAGCAGAUGGGGCUUCUCUCAGUAUAUGUCAAUAUAUCUAAAUCUCAAAAACGAUUUCCUUUUGGUGUUUCCAAGCACAAAAUGAUUUAAUAUGCGUCUUAGAUGUGGUAAUUGUAGGGUUUUUGCUUUUGUAUAACCAUAAGGAACAAUACACACGCUCAUGUUUAGGUACUGUUGUACAACUACUAUGAAGACAAGGAGUAUCUGGUGAUAUUUAGCUUGUUUGAAUAACUGUCCAACUUUGUACUAUGUUCAUCUAUACUCGGUAGUUCUUUAGACCCUGGACUCUUUAACUAUUUGCACUUACAGUAUGUAUUUAAUUAAUUACAGGAAUAAGAAAAAUAAAUGUACCUUGAUGUA